CCCGGCCCUCUGCUGUGGGGUGAGCCGGGGCUGGGCGUGGCUCCACGGCCGCCUGCCUGCCUGUGGGACCAUCCCUUUGAACAAACAUGGUCUCCAAGUCUGGCCCCCAGUGUCUUUGGGGGGCCACAGUGGGCAUGGGCUUAUUUCUUGAGUCACUCGAUAGCCCUUUCCAGAGGCCGGCCCUGAGGGCCCACAGCCCACACGCGUCGGUAGGCACCAGGGGUCUCAGGGCCCACGCUGGGCAGAACCGUGCAGUGAGCAAAGGGGGCCCUGGGGCACUGGCCUGUGGAAAGCUGCCGCCCUCUGCUUCCCGCUCCUGUUGCGACGGGUACCCUCUGUACCAGCUGGGCAACCCCCAGCUCCGUGUCUUCCGGACAAACUUCUUCGUUCAGCUGGUGCGGCCAGGCACGGCCCAGCCCGAGGACACCGUGCAGUUCCGGAUCCCCAUGGAGAUGACCAGGGUGGACCUCAGGAAUUACCUGGAGCGUAUCUACAAUGUGCCCGUGGCGGCCGUGCGGACGAGGGUGCAGCACGGUUCCAACAGGAAGAGGGAUUACAGAAACGUCAGGGUGAAGAAACCAGACUACAAGGUGGCCUAUGUGCAGCUGAUACAGAUGCCGUCCUCCAUCCUUCUUUGCCCGUCUGGAAACAGCGCUGCCCUGGCGCACGGACAGACCUUCACGUUCCCUGAUCUGUUUCCCGAGAAAAAGCAGAGCCCUGAUGGCAGCCCCGGUGACGAGGACGUCCAGGACAAGCUCCUGGAGGAGCAGCAGCGGAGACAGAGCCGGGACCCCCGGCGCGGUGGCGUUCCCGACUGGUUCGGCCUGUGACGGCCCCAGCGUGGGCGCAGCGCUGACGGUCCAAAUAAAGUCCCGCGUGUGGAGCAAA